AUUAAGAUUAAAAAUGCAUUGCGCAUGUAUCUAUUAAACAGAGUUUCCAAUGUGGCACUUUCAUCACAGUCAUUCAUUUAUAACGGAACCUUUGAAAACGCCUGUUUUCGGGGAAGAAUUUGAUUCAAACACCACCUCUCUCAGGCUGAUGCAAGUUGCAUGCAAGUUGUAUGAGUGAGCUGACAGUUGUGUGUGAAGAAUAUUAUAAGUGUGAAGAAGAUGACAGACUGUCAGGGAGAAGGAGCCAAGAGUCCAAUGGAGCUCUACGAGAAACUGACAGCUAAAGGAGACGAAGUCAGAGUCUUGAAAACCGCUAAAGCAGAGAAAGCUGAAAUUGAUGCUGCUGUCCAGCUGCUGCUAAAGUUGAAAAUAGACUACAAACAGAUGACAGGUCAGGACUACAAAGCAGGCUGUCCGCCCUCAGAAAACUCUGUUGCACCCAACAACGGGCCAGCAGCAGAUGGCGCUGAUGAUGAAGACACAGUUGACCCAUGGAAUGUUUCCACCAAUAACGCCAAGGGAGUGGAUUACGACAAACUCAUAGUGAGGUUUGGCAGCAGUAAAAUUGACAAGGAGCUGGUGGACAGAAUAGAAAAAGUCUCGGGACAGAAGUCUCAUCGCUUUCUACGAAGAGGAAUCUUCUUCUCACACAGAGAUAUGAAUCAGGUGCUGGAUGCGUAUGAGAAGCAAAAGUCCUUCUACCUUUACACUGGCAGAGGUCCGUCCUCAGAGGCCAUGCACGUUGGUCACCUCAUUCCCUUCAUCUUCACUAAAUGGUUGCAAGAUGUAUUUGACAUUCCCCUGGUGAUCCAGUUGACUGAUGAUGAGAAGUACCUGUGGAAGGAUCUAUCACUAGAAGACUGUCACCGCUUCGCUGUGGAAAAUGCCAAGGACAUCAUUGCCUGUGGAUUUGAUGUCAACAAAACCUUCAUCUUCUCUGACCUUGAAUACAUGGGUGCAUCCCCUGAAUUCUACAGAAAUGUGGUAAAGAUCCAGAAGCAUGUGACAUUCAACCAGGUCAAAGGCAUAUUUGGCUUUACAGACAGUGACUGCAUUGGAAAGAUCAGCUUCCCAGCCAUCCAGGCCGCCCCGUCCUUCAGUAACUCUUUCCCACAGAUCUUCAAAGGUCGAAAGGACAUACAAUGUCUCAUCCCCUGCGCCAUAGACCAGGACCCCUACUUCAGGAUGACCCGUGAUGUAGCUCCAAGGAUCGGCUAUCCCAAACCAGCGCUGCUGCACUCGACCUUCUUCCCAGCCCUGCAGGGGGCGCAGACAAAGAUGAGUGCCAGUGACGCCAACUCCUCUAUCUUCCUCACUGACACACCCAAGCAGAUCAAAAACAAGGUCAACAAACAUGCAUUUUCGGGAGGAAAAGACACAGUGGAAGAGCACAGGAUGUAUGGUGGAAACCCAGACGUUGAUGUCGCCUUCAUGUACUUGACCUUCUUCCUGGAGGAUGAUGAACAGCUGGAGAAGAUCAGACAGGAUUACGCAAGCGGAGCUCUGCUAACAGGAGAACUGAAGAAGCUUUUGAUCGAGACGCUGCAGCCAAUGAUUGAGCAGCAUCAAGAGCGACGCAAACAAGUCACAGAUGAGACCGUCAAGCAGUUCAUGACACCCAGGCCUUUAAAUUUUAACUUCUAGCCUGCUCGAAUAUCUUGAGAGGUCAAACUUCAUCAUGUCCCUAAUCGUAAUACAAGAACAAAUGAUUCAUGCAUCUUUUUCCAUUUUUAAGAUUAUUAUAAUUUGUAACGGGAAGAUGGACAUUUUUUCAUGCAGUUUGCAUCAGAGCUGGAGAAACUCUUAAGUGUAAAUUACUGAAGCAAUGGUGUGCUUCUCUGUGUUAAACUAAGCAUGGCAUUGCCCUCGCCCUGAUGCUUAUUGUCUUGCUACUUGUUAGCUUCACUCUGCACCCAAUGUACACAUCUCUCUUCAUGAAGUGUUCGUGUUUGCAGCGCUGCUGUAAGGUCACAAGCCUUGACCCUCGCCCUGGAAUCAGCUCAAGAUGAAUGACAAUUAAAACGGCCACACAUCCAUCUUGAGAAAUGUUAGUUAAGAAGAUUUAUUUUACUUAAGCAGCUGUGUUGUAUAUGGUGUUAACAGAUCGUCACAGUAUGAUAAUAGGACAUGUAUCAUGAGAAGAAGAGAAUCUCUGAAGAGUUUGAGCACAUACCAAUAAGGAGGCUAUCAGUGUUUUACUGAAAGGAACUAAAGCAAAUGUAUUAUGUAGCAAAAGGGAUUGCCUCAAGGUAACUCUCUAAGUGAAGAGGUUUUUACUUAUUCCCAGACUAAAAUGAAGCUGUACUUGAACAACCAUUAGAAUGAAACUGAGGUAUUGGGUUAUUUGACAAGUAAAGACAUGGAUUCUAUCUAAACAGUUCAACACUUACAAGUCGGUACAACAUCACAUUUCAACAUUAUUCUAGGAUUCAUAAACACGAAUACAACCAUGACACUGGACAGGUUUUGUCUGGAUAAGUUUUUGCCUCUGGUUUUGUUGUUUGGUGUGUUGUAUCGUCUGUCCUUGCAAAAGCCUCUUUGACACAUGCGCUUCAAAACAAAUGGAAACAAUUAAACAAGAACUAAGUUCAUCAAAAACAAAUGCUACUGAAUAUAAGUCUUAAAUCUCUUCUGGCCUCUGCGUUCAAGCUUUUUAAAGCCAGUUUAAGGUUCUUCCACAGAGUCUAUAAAGGCAGAUAGAAUUCUACAUGUGAUUAUGGAAAAUAUAAAUCAACCAUUAUUUUAA